AUGCAAAGAGCUCCAGAUCCCACCAAUGCAAAUGCGACUAUUGGAAUCACCGCUCGCCAAUCAAUGACUAUUCAUUGUAUCUCCAAAUUUGGGAAGCUACUCAUCUCGGUUCAAAGAACCCGUACUCCAGCCCUUGGAACCAUCCCAAAUCUCUUUUUUAUUGGUCAGUUCUAUGAUGAAAAUCCGGAUCUCAUGGAAGGGGACUCCUACCCACUUCCUCCUCAUCCUCCAAAGUUCAACAAUUGCAAUGGCCAAAUCAUGAUGGAAAACAUUGAAAGUUGGGCUCGUACCGCCUACAGAUAUUGUGGAAUUUGUCUUGAUUAUGUUUUCCGUGAAAAUUCUGAACUUGCAGUUGCUGGUGACCCUGGGUUCCUCCGAGCCGACGACGGCUCUCAAUCCAUCAAAGAAGAACUUGUCCGAUGUGCUGCCCAUACUGGUGCUGUGUUCUGUCACAACAACCAGAAAUUUUGGGUUAUGCUCCAUGCAGUCACACAUGAAACCGUUGCCUACAACCAUGUUUGUCAAUUUGCUCCAAGUUUGAAUGGUCGCCCUGCUUACUUCGCUCUGUUUGCAGAAUAUCGUGGAAGGGGACAUUUCACAAAUGAACGCCAAGCUGCUGUCCGUGUCCUUGCAACACUUCACUGGAACGGCAAAGCCGAAGGCUUCACAUGGAAUAGUUUAUCAGUCGCCUUAUUGGAGCCUUCAACACCCUCGAGUUGA